GUCAGGGGAGGGCUCUGCUCAGUGCAGCCUGCCCCUCCCCCAGCCCGGAGAGCUGAGCUCAGAGGGACAGAGGACCCCAGAAAUGUCGUUCCCUGGAGGCAGGCCCCAGGCCCUGGCCUUCCUCUGCUUCUGCGUUCUGGUCCUGGCCUGUGUCGUGGCAUGCCAGCAAGAAGAGCCUGAGGGGACCCUGAGCACCCUGCCAGGGCCGGCCAGUACUUCCCAGAGCCGGGUUCCAGGCAAGGUGAAGGAGCAAGAGCCGGAGAGGACCCUGAGCCCCAAGCCAGCGCCAGCCAGGAGUUCCUGGAGCCUGGUUCCAGGCAAGGUGAAGGAGUGGGUGGAGCCGCUGGUGAACAGGACCAGAGAGAAGUGGAAGUGGUUCUGGGGCCCUACGGCCUUCCGGGGCUUCAUGGAGACCUACUACGAUGACCAUCUGAAGGACCUGGGCUCUCGCGCCCGGGCCUGGCUCCGCAGUUCCAAGGAUAGCCUCCUGAACAAGGCCCACAGUCUGUGUCCCCAGCUGCUCUGCAGGCCCAGCGACCAAAAUUAAAGCGUCACACCCUCUGCAAUAAA